CGGUUGACACUUGACAGUCACCAGUCACCCAGCUGCAAAAAAUAAAAAUAUCGUAAAUCGUGGUGAUUUGUUUUUGCAGCCAUACUGCUUACUAGUGCAAAUUAUUUCGCCAUAUUAAGUUGAUGUUACUAGCUUCUACAACAUUCGACACCGGUCGGUAACUAUAGAGAUGGAUGUACAUAUUCAGUAUAAAGUUUAUGCCAUUUGGGGCGACAGCGAAAAGCCUGAAGUCAGAAGAUUUAUAGUUGACAAGAAUUUCAAUGGAAGCUAUCAUUAUUUGAAUUCAAAGCUUCAGGAGAUUUUCCCAAUCCUCCAGAAAAGGCAUUAUACUGUUUCAUGGAAAGAUGAAGAAGGAGAUGAUGUAAUAAUAGCUUCGGAUGAGGAACUGGUAAUCGCUAUAAACUCCAUGGACAUGGAGGAUCCUAAAAAGCUGUAUGUGACUCUUACGGAUAAACAGCCUCAAACAGAACAGGUUGUUUUCAAUUUGGUUGAUCCAGUACCUGAUAGUCAAGCUGCACCUGGCUCAGCUCACUUGGGUGUGGUUUGCGAUGGCUGUGAUGGCCCAGUGGUGGGGUUCCGUUACAAAUGCACCUCAUGUAAUGAUUUCGAUCUGUGCUUCAAUUGUGAGAGCCAAGGCCUCCACCCAGAACAUUGCAUGCUGCGCAUUCCAGUGCCUAGCUUGCCGGUUCUGGCCUGCCACCUGGAGGAUGCUGUUACCAGAGCUGUGCAAUUUCUCCCAGAAGGAAGAUAUAUGCUUCCUGAUAACAGCAAAGAAAUCGGGCAUUCCCGCCUCGGCGAACAUGCUCGACGCACUGCAGUAUCUGGGAAACUUCAUAAGGAUGCGUCUGCCGUCAUAAAGAAUGCAACCAAGCGUUACCGCCAUUUCUUGAAGACGGUUGCCACUUCGUUCGAUGAAGAGCACUGUAAGAAACAGCGUCGCGAACGCAGCGGGGAGCGAAGACGUCGUGACCACGGACAUCAUCACCGCCACCACAGCGGAGACGGUGACCACCACCACCGCAGGCCACGCACCAGCUGGCUCGAAACAUUCGCCAACUAUAUGAACGAAUUCGCCAAUCUAGCAGGAGAUGGUCCCAUUGAAACUGAGAAUGUCCCAAAACAACCCGACUCAACAAACCCCACUCAAGAAAACCCCAAAGACCCUCAAGCUCCCAAGGCAACUAAACCGACCCAAAAUCAAAUGCCCCAUUGCCCUUUCAAUAUGGAAAAUAUAGAUGUUCAAAACAUCCAGAAGCUUUUGAACAUGUAUAUGCCCAAAUGUGCCUCCACUCCUAAACCGUCCACUUCCCAGGCUUCUGAAAAUCCACAGCCCACACCUGGGCCUGUCAAUAAUGAAGCCUCACAGUCUGCAACUGUCAAUAAUGAAGCCUCACAGUCUGUAACUGUCAAUAAUGAAGCUUCACAGUCUGCAACUGUCAAUAAUAGCCAAGAUGUGGAAAUGGCUGAAGCUAAUUCAAAGAGCGUAGAGGCUGAUAGGGAGAGUGUUACGUCAGAAGCGUCUUCGACUAAAACUGUGGAGUCCAAAAAGGAGGAGUCCCCUGAAAGGGUUGAUGGAUGGACUGUCAUCAAUAAAGAGAAUGAUCUAAUGGACACUGAUGUGAAAUUCCAAAUUGGCUUCAACCUUCCAGAGGAAUUCCAGGAACGUGUGACCAUUUCCCAGGGACAAAACCUCUACCCACCACUUAAUACUGGCACAGCCGUGUUGAAUCCCAAAGAGGCGGAACGUCCGACAGUGUGUGAGCCACCCAAGCCAGCUCCAACUCAGGCUUCAGCCAACGCUGCUCCGCCUACUGCGCCUCAGCAGGAGCCUCAGAAACCAACACCACCGAAGAAACCCCAUCAUCCAUUGGCUCACAUCGACGCAGCGAUUGACCACAUGCUGACAAUGGGAUUCACCAACGAGGGCGGCUGGCUCACCCAACUCCUCGAGAGCAAGGACGGGAACAUUGCUGCUGUGUUGGACCUUCUGACUCCGGUCAACCCUAAGAAGUAGACUAGAGGAAGAAAUAUGCAUACAUUUUGACAACGCACUCGCCAUACUAUUUGCUCUGUUUCAACUGUCAUGUCAAAACUACAGCAGCUCGAUUCCGUAAAACCUGCAUCAAUCAUUAUUACAGUCGCAAUUAGUUGUUGUUUGGCUUUAAUGCUAUUCUUGUUGCAAUAAUAGAUUAUAGCCAAUAGUGAGCGAGCGUCAACCAAUCAGAGGUGAUUGCGAUCGUGAUAUUGUAGCUAUCGUUCUACCGUAAUCGAGCUGCAGUUUACCUUUAGAUUAAGGACGAAAAUCGUACUAUUGACGUAACAGUUGUCACAGAGCAAAUUUGACGAGCGUGUUCUCAAAAUACUAAGUCUUAACACCACAUAAGCUAUUUUUUGGCGGUUUUAACAUCUUGAUGCUAUUCAUAUUAAUCAAAAAACAAGUACAAGUCCAAUAGAAAUUUUAACUGAUGGACGUGGUGUUAGAACUAAGCGACGAUAUGUUUCAAUGCACCUAUUUCUUUUUGUAUUAAUUAAUUCUUAUAGGCAUUGAUUUUUUUUAAAAUGCCUACUGUAUUCAUUUUUUCCAAAUGUCUCAAAAACUCGAGUAAAUCUAUAAAAUGUGGUCUAGAUUUUUCUUGUUUUGUUCUAUGUAUUGGUUAGUAUUGAAAAUAGUAUCAGCUUUUCAAACUUUUUGAUAAGUUCUUUGUAAUUUGUGUUAUUAUGAGUACUAAUGUACCCAAUUAUUAUUUGGUGUUGGAGUCCACGGUAAUGAUAUGUAAUACGCGCCUAUGUAGUCGCCUACUGUUAGAUCAUUUGAUAGUUUUCAAUGAGUACCUAAAUGUUGUUAAGAAAAACAGUCCAUAUUUUUAUUUAUCAAUGGACGGGUAUAGCCAUUUUGUG